AUGGCUUACUGCGAUGAUGCGUACCAAGACUUUUGCGGGACGGCCAAGCCAAUCGUUACAGCUGCUUUCUUCCCCUCUCUGAAGGUCAAUACCACAAAGCAAUAUUUUAUCAUGGACACUAGUAACCUCUCUCUCAGUCGGUGCUAUGACCAACCCUCUGCACGAACAAGCGCACUCGAUUUUCUCCUUGCAUUGCAGAUGUUUCUAGGCCAGAACCAGAUUGAAUAUGUCGGUCCCUUUCGAAUGCGGAUUGAACCGACGCGGAACAACAAUUGGGCCCUCCUGAUAGAAGGGGAAGCCAAUAUAUCCAGCAGCGAUACGCCUGACCAAGUAAGCUCAGGAUUUCCAUGGCCUCCAACUCCACCAGAGUAUGCCCCGGCACACGAGAUAGAAAUGGCACGGCCCGAGAGUAACAUGACGCCUAGUGAUAUAUCGUUCUUUACGGGACACAUGGAAAUGCAGAGUGACUACUUGGGAAAUGCUCAUGCCCCCUCAAUGCUAAACAUCUCACCGGAUCCGCUUUUUAUCGGGGUUGGUGAAAGUGAUACACUAUCCCCCCGGCUUUUUGACUGCAUGGAUCCCACAGUGGUAGAUGCACGCAUCCCGCCCACUACUAGACAUAACCCCCCGGCUGCUAGCCAUAAUCCAUCUCCUUCGCCUCGUCAUCCCGUCAAUUCUGAAUUACAGGUCACCACUGCCUCAUUUGCAGCUGGUGGUCAGAAUUCGCCCGCAUCUAUCCGGGCAGACCACAAAGCACAUGUCAAGAGGAACAGGCUGCAAAGGCAAAAAGUCAGAUUGAAUCCGUCGGAUACUGAAACUGAAUUGAUACUCAAAUAUCUAUCGCAAAAUAUGCUAUGCGAAGACUUCUAUAGAUUCCUGGAUUCAAAGGUUCCUUGCUGGAUACGUCGGGGAAUCUGGAAUGAGCAUGAGAAUGAAGUGCGAAAGCCCGCAGGACCGGACCCGGCAUCAUCAGUGUCACCGUACUUCAAGCUCGAGCAGGCCUACCGAACAGUUUGUCAGAUCAGCUCUCGUAUGGGUGAUGACUUGGUUCGUGACCGUGUGGGCCUCAUCCGGCUUCAUCUUGAGUUUAUGGAGACGCACCGAGUGCGUCGACAUAGGUCGAGCAGUAAACGCACGACAUCAACGGUGGGGCGGGGAGAUGCAACACAUGUUAUCGACCGUAUUUUAGAGAAUAUCCACGAGGGGUGGACAACGCUCAGCCAGGCACGGCGAGCGGAGCUGCGAGCUAAGUUUCAUGAGAGGAAAAAAUAUGGGAAACGCUGGUCCCAGCUCGCCAACGCUUUGGGCCCGGGGCUUCUAUUAAUAUGCUCUACAAAGCUGGCCAGCGCAGUGUAA